AUGCAGCAAAGACAGCGGCUGGAGAGGCGAGGCCAUACCAAGAGCCGUAGAGGAUGCUACAACUGCAAGAGACGGCGCAUCAAGUGUCAGGAAACACACCCGGCAUGUGGCAACUGUGCCAAAACGGGACUGAACUGCGAAUAUCCUGUUUCACCGCAAAUUAUACACCAGCCGCACAAUCAGAUACCAUUAUUUAGCUUGCAGGAUAUGCGAUGCUUUCAGCACUUUCUGACCCAGUGCUACCCUCACCAUCCAUUGAAGCAAGAGGAGAUUUGGACGCACGAGAUUCCGAGCAUAGCUCACAAUCACGAAUUUCUUAUGCAUGCGAUCCUUGGCUAUGCGGCCUCGGAGCUGAUGGUCACAGAUAGCAGCCUUGCACCGGUGGCCAUGAAUCACCGCAUCAAAGCGAUCAAGGCCAUCAAGAAACGCUUAACAGACGCGUCCAAGAUGGAGACGACCUACGAGGAAGCCAACGCUUUGGUGGCUACCUGCUUCGCACUGACUUUCCAAUCGGUCAGUCUCGAAGACGGAUUGGCCGAGUACAUGACUUUUAUUCGUGGGAUUGUCAUUGUGGGGAUGCAAAUGAUGUUUAAGAGCAUCAAGCCUCUGUUCAGUAAUCUGUUUGAGUCGAACCAAGACGAAGUCAUGGCGCCAUACAUGGAAGGACUGCCUCUAAUUGAAAAGGGGUGGGCUGAGGCUGCCAUCGAGUCGAUUACCAAUUUGGGGCCGCUUUGCAAGCGGCAAGUCGAGAUUGAAUAUCACGAGCAGCUCAUGAACGUUUCCUCUCAAUUACUGACCAAUUCCUUCGAAGCAUACAAGGCCAAUUCGAGGCAAUACGGAUGGUGGAUGCUGCUACCUCAUGAUUCAUUCCAAGAACUCAUCAACGCCAAUAACCAGGUUGUCAUUUUGCUGCACACACACUGGAUAGCCCUGUCGCAAAUCAUGGCCUUUAUCAACGAGCAGGAGUACGAAGUGCGAGAGAAGCAUCCUGCUCGGCAGGAAAAUAGCCGCAUCGACCCAGGAUUCAUCCGCUGGCUGAAGUAUCUCAACGCGCGUGUAGAUUAUGCGCAUCAGAUGUUCAACCAGUGGCCGACGUGGGUGGACGAAAAGCUGGAUAACGACAUUACUUUUUUUGGGAAGCGUCGGUAGAUGUACGCCUUGUUUGGGUAUGAAGCAAAUAUAAUUUUGGCGGUUUUUUUUUUUUCGAGUUUUCCCAAUGUAUCUUUGCGACAUGUAUCCGGUAAUUUGAUAUUAACGAUGUAGAGCAACUAUAUGUAGGUAGUUUAUUGAGAAAUACCACGAUGGUAGAUGAUUUUAUA